UAUACAGCCAAUCUCCUCUACAGUCGAAAUUGGGCCCAUCGAAGAUUCAAGCGUAGACGAAAAUGUCAUCGAUACUAGCAGCCACAUGGAGGACUCCACCGUAACUACUGACACCACAAUCAUAACACCUACUGUCAACCUACAUGAUUAUUUAUUUACUGAACCCGAAAAGCCUGUAGAAGAGCUACUUGAGGCAGCGCAAGCUCGUAUCGAACAAUUAGAACAGCUGCUUUCAAAACAAUCUUUUUACAGACAACUGAAAGGGAUGUCAGACAAACGCGUUAGAUUCCAUACUGGCUUUUCGUCAUUUGCUAUUUUUGUGAGUACCUUCAAUGCCCUUAGACCCACAGCUGAAAGUAUGUUUUCAUGGUCCCAAGUACAGAGAGCACGAGCAAAAAGUGGGAAAGAUAUAAGUAACAUGAGAGACACUCUCAAGACAUGCAAACUUAGCUUAUUUGAUCAGUUUUAUUUAUGCAUUACUAAGCUGAGGCUGGGUACUUUUAAUGAGAAACUAGCCAGUGAAUUUGAUAUUUCUAUUUCAACUGUGAGUAGAGUUUUUAUUUCUUGGGUUAACUUUCUCUAUUUUGUUUUGGGAACCAUUCCUAUAUGGCCCUCUCGGGCAAAAAUUGACAAACAUAUGCCUAAGUGUUUUAAAUUGUUAUAUCCUAAAUGCCGUGGUAUUAUUGAUGCCUCAGAGAUAAAGGUACAAGCACCAUCUAGUAUGGUUUUGAAUAGCAAUUGCUAUUCAUCAUAUAAGAGCCACACAACUUACAAAGGCAAUGUUGUAAUAUCUCCAUCUGGGGAAAUUAUUCAUGUAAGUUCUCUUUUUGAAGGAAGUAUUUCUGACAAGGAGCUUGUUAAGCAAUCAGGUUUGUUGAAUUUACUUGAGCCAGGUGAUCAAAUAAUGGCUGAUAAAGGAUUUACUAUAGAGGAUCUAUUAAAGCCAAUAGGUUGUGGAGUAGCAAUGCCUGCCUUUUUGUCAAGUAAGGGUCAAUUUUCAAAGAAAGAACUUUCAACCAGUAAACAGAUACAUAAUUUAAGAGUCCAUGUGGAAAGGGCCAUAAGAAGGGUGAAAGAGUUUCACUAUUUUGAUAAAGUUAUACCUCUUACAGUAGCUGGCAGCAUUAAUCAAAUAUGGACAGUGGCAUGUCUUAUUACCAAUUUCCAGGGGCCUUUGUUGCAUGAAAAGCAAUAUAUCUAAAUAUGUAUACAAUUGUUGUAAAAUAGAUGGAAGAGUAAGCAUCAUUUAAAGUAAAGUAUGUAAGGAUCUGUAAUACAAAUAGUACUAACAACUUUUAACAACUAAGAGUUAGUUGACAUUGAGUGAGGGUACACUACGUAUUAGGUCCAACCUAGGUAAGAACUAUGCCAUCUGUUAACAUGUGAUGUGGAAGGGUGAAUAGUAGGGUGGCCCUAUCCCCUAGGGGCACCCUUUUCGUAUGUACAUGGCAUAUUGGUUAGGCAUUAAAAUAAACAGUAAAAUCAGUAAAAAUUAUAUUGUUAGUACUAUUUUUGUUUUACAGAUUCAAUGCAAGCUUUCAAACUAGCUUUUUGGAAAAAAAAUUAUGAAUUUAAUAACUUUACAUUUAUUCACAAAUUUCAUUAUUGCCAAAUAUUAUAAAAAUGCCCUUUUGGGGUUUAAAUACAAAACCUGUUGAAGUCAUUCAUGUAUUUUUAUUUAUCAUGUUUGUACAGAAUGUUCUGUUUAAUAACAGUAAAAAACUAUUAAAUGGCUUGAAAUACA